GGUGUGAAUGAGCUGAGACUCGCGGCUGGUUGGAGAGCUGGUGACAAAUACUCCGAAAUUGCCCCUCAAAACACCGAGCAAUAACCUGACGGACGCUCACUCAAACAGCUUAAAUUCCUCAGCAGCGUUUAUCCUCGAUAGUAUUAGGGGACACUACCGUUUCAGAAGAGACCGGGAAGUGGCCGAACAACUGACACAGAGAGCUCGUUUUUAUCGCUGAAUGUUCACGGAACGGGACCCAUGUUUUGCAAAGACUGCAGCUGCUGCACGGGCCGGGCCGUGGGGCCACAAAGCGACGAGAAAGACAACAGAAGUCGAGGAGACGGCGCUGAACAAAGGAGGGCAAUGCAGGACGUGUGUGUGUGUGUGUGUGUGUGUGUGUGUGUGCAGAGAAGCGAUGCCCUAGAUCUGUAUAACGUCUGAGUUACUCUGUCAUUCAGACUCCUUUCAUGCUGUCGGGCAGCCGUUUCUCAAACCGCACCUGGAAAACCAAAGAGAAUGUGUUCAGUGGCAGCACAUCUCCAUGCGUAAAUGGAGACGCAUCGGUGCGUAUUUGCUGUACUUUUUCAUUAUGCGUACAAUAAAUUAUGUUUGUUUUGUCACUAACUCAAGCCCUGUCCCAUGACCACACUGAUAUAUAUGCAUAAUAGACUUCCUCAUACUUCGUAUCUACCAUGAGUGAUGGCGAUGCCCGCAGAAUCUGACAGUACCGGUGCGCAAAGCAGCACUCGUGAAAAAAGCUUCAGCGCACCGGAUCGCAAUGGUUAUGUGAAAACAUGUGUCAUCCCACUGUGCCGUGACCGAGAUUACGAGUCGUGGGUGAGGCUAAUGUUCACAAAAAUAUGGAGUUCCCAGAGACUCCGGAGUGCCGUGUGUGCGGGGUCGCUUUCGGUUUUUCUCGCUCUGUUGGUCAAAUGUGCAGACUGGAAAGCUGAAGCCAGCAGCAGCGCUGACAACACACUCUUGCAUUCAUCGUCCCCCCUUCACUUCGUUUCAGGCUGCGCAGCGGAGCUGUUGCAAACUUGCUGGAGUGUGGUUUCGACAUUGUUCACCCUCGUAUGUGCCUUCUUUUGGGUCGGUGUCUACUUAAUCCGCUGCGGGGUUCUAAUCCAGACCGCUCUCUCCCUCCUAACCUUGUGCCACCUGGGCGAAGCAGCGGCGUGGUCUCUUCUGGACGGGACAGAUGAGCAGCUGUUUUCAUUCACGACAGCAGCCGUGGUCGUGCUCAUCUGCGUGGCCACCGGCGCACUCAUGGUAGCACGGCUGAACCAGGGCAUAUCUGUGAUCCUUUUCAUCAGCAUAGUCAGGACUAUCUCACUCUUCUCGCUACACAAAGUACGGGCCACUUGGAGACCGUACGUAGCGUACCUGGUUGGAGUGCUGGGCAUCCUGCUGGCGAGGUAUGCUGACAAGCUCCUUCCCAACCAAGGGAGACACAAGGAGGGCUGCACCCCCGUGACUGGAGCCAGGGAAGAGAUCCCUGUAUUUAAAAGGCGCAGGAGGUCCAGUUCUGUGAUAGCCUCAGACAUGGCACACAGUCAGUCCAACAGUAAGUCACAUCGCCGGACCUCUCUGCCAUGCAUCCAGAGGGACCAGAUGCUCUCCCGCUCGGAUUGGGACCACAAGAGAGGCUCCCGAGGAUCACAGUCAUCAGGCACCACCGUCAUGGUGGACAUAGCAGUGAUGGGAGAAGCCCAUGGACUAAUCACAGACCUGCUGGCUGACCCCUCUCUGCCCCCCAACACCUGCACUUCACUGCGGGCCGUCAGCAAUCUACUAACCACCCAGCUCACCUUCCAGCCGCUGCACCGGCCACGCCCUACUCCCCUGCUUAACACCAGUGAUUCCUACACCCUCUCCGACUCAGAGGAUGGACCUGAGAAAGGAGAGAAGAUAUCCAUCCACAAGCGUAUAAGGCGGAGUCUCCACCCUGGCCUUCUGAGGAGGAUCUCUUCCACGUGGACCACCACCACCUCUGCCACAGGCCUGCCCACCAUUGAGCCCGGGCCCGUCCGAAGGGACCGCAGCGCCAGCAUCAAACCCUACCAUGAAACACUUACCUGCAGCUGUGGGAGACCAUACAUCAAACUGAGCCAUGGGGAAGGCUCAAUAGACAAGGGAGACAGGAUACCACGGUCAGCAGAGGACCAAGUGGUGGUGUCAUCAGACUACGACAGCACCCAUGAAGCCAACCACAGUGACAGCAGUGAUGUAGCACAUACAGAGGAGGGCACAGAGGAAGGAAAAAACCCUGCCCAGAAUGUCAUCCUCCACCCACUAAUACCUCCUGAGGACAAACCAAUUCUGGCUCCAGAGCCGUUAAUAAUGGAGGACUUGGAGCCUUUGAUGAGUCAGCUAAACAAUUGGAACUUCCCCAUCUUCACUUUGAUGGAAAAGACCAAUGGGAAAUGUGGACGGAUCCUCAGUCAGGUUUCCUACAGGCUCUUUGAAGACACUGGCCUGUUUGAGACCUUCAAGAUCCCUGUAAAAGAAUUCAUGAACUACUUCCAUGCCCUUGAGAAUGGUUACAGAGACAUACCAUAUCACAACAGGGUCCACGCCACAGAUGUGCUUCAUGCAGUCUGGUACCUCACCACGCAGGCUGUUCCUGGUCUGCCCAGCCUCAUCACUGACCAUGGCUCUGCCAGUGACUCAGACUCCGACAGUGGAAUAACACACAGUCAUAUGGGCUUCCUGGUUUCAAAGACCUACACUGUGUCAGAAGAUGGUUAUGGCUGUCUGUCAGGCCUCAUACCUGCUCUGGAGCUCAUGGCCCUUUAUGUGGCUGCCGCAAUGCACGACUACGACCACCCCGGGCGGACCAAUGCUUUCCUCGUGGCCACCAGCGCCCCACAGGCAGUGCUCUACAAUGAUCGAUCUGUUCUGGAAAACCACCACGCUGCCUCAGCCUGGAACCUCUUCAUGUCGCGGCCAGAGUUCAACUUCCUUGUCAACCUGGACCACGUAGAGUUCAAGCGUUUCCGUUUCUUGGUCAUUGAAGCUAUACUGGCCACUGACCUGAAGAAGCACUUUGACUUCCUAGCUGAGUUCAAUGCCAAGGUGGGUGAUGAUCCAUCCACAGGUAUUGAUUGGUCUAACGAGAAUGACAGGUUGCUGGUCUGCCAGAUGUGCAUUAAACUGGCUGACAUCAAUGGGCCUCUGAAGUGCAAGGACUUGCAUCUGCAGUGGACAGAGGGCAUUGUCAACGAGUUUUAUGAACAGGGCGAUGAGGAGUCCAGCCUUGGCCUUCCCAUCAGUCCCUUCAUGGACCGAGCGGCACCACAGUUGGCCAAACUCCAGGAAUCAUUCAUCACACACAUUGUGGGACCACUGUGCAACUCCUACGACUCAGCCGGCCUCAUACCGGGACGAUGGGUGGAGCCCAACCCAGAGGAAGAUGAGCCAGAGAUCAUGGAGAAUGAGGAAGAGGAUGAGGAGGACACUGCAGAGGAAGACACGUCCACCAGCUCAGAAGCAUCACAGAAAGCAAGUCCCAAGAAGAGGAGGAAAGUCUUCUGCCAAAUAACCCAGCACCUGCUGGAGAACCACGAGAUGUGGAAGAAGGUGAUCGCAGAGGAGGCCCCGAAACAGGGCCAAGGAGCAGAGUCUGUCCAUUUAAACAAUGUAGCUGAGCCAAUCCUGGCUAUUCACGAGGAGGAAGAGGAGCCAGGCAGCAGAGAGGAGCUAGUAGAAGGAGAGGAUGCAGAGGAGGGAGUGGAGGAACCAGAGUGGCCUGUGUCUCCGCAGGAAGACUCUAAACCUCUGGAGGAACUAGCGGAGGGGGACCCACAGUGAAACAGCUAAUGGAAAAUACGGAGUUGGUCAGGGCAAGGAUGUGAAGAAGUAUUCCUUGUUAUCUUAUCCUAUCAACUGACUCCUGUUUUUUCCAGCACAUCACUUAGACACAACACUGUAGAUGUUUGGGAAAUGUGUGCCUAUACAAAAAAAGUGGGAAAAUUUGUGCUUUACACAUUUGAUCUGAAUAUCUGGUUUCACCAAACAUUUAAAGGAGGUUUCCAUAUUGCAAUACAGGAUUAUUUGUGUACUUUGGGAUACAGACUCUUUUGCUACUGUCAAGAGAAGAGGAAGACUGAUUGCACAGACCUCAACCCAAUGUGGUAACACAGGACUGCAGAAAUUUGCUGCCAAUUUAUACAUAAUUAUUUUCUGAAUGCAAUAUAUAGACAUCACAGUUACUUGUACUUGUGUUUCAAUUUUAGCAAGAGUUUUUAGGUCUCACAUGGGCCAUAAUAUGUUUUUUAAAAUAUAUAUAUAUGGAUUAUAAAGGGAGUCAAUCAAAUGAGGAACAUUGGCGUAUCUGUCCUCCUUUCAACGUCUGCCAAAAGUACCCAUAGGAUUUAGCAUACAAAAUCAAAUAAUUAUAAAUGUUAUGUUUUACAUUUGUUGCCAAAUUAAGUACUUUAUACCAUUAAGUGUAGCCAUAUUAGUUUAAGGAAGGAGACCUUAGGCUCCUUAUGCUGUGUGUGUGUGUGUGUGUGUGUGUGUGUGUGUGUGUGUGUGUGUGUGUGUGUGUGUGUGUGUGUCUGCGUGUUUAAAUUAGUGCACUCCAAUGCACAAUUCUUCUGCAGAGGACAUAGAUAUAUUCAGCAGAAUACCUGUUAUUUGUGCUAUCUCUGGUCUCCAGUCCCAAGUUAAAUAUAGUGGUCAAAUAAAGGCUUCAUUCACUGUCCUAAAUGUUGUCGACCAGAGGACUGCACUUACAAAGCAGCAGUGGAUUGUUUGAAAUGGAUCUAUUCCAAAUGCAAGACAAAAAAGGGAAUACCAGUACACGGAACAGACACUACCGAAGUGUAAGGAAAAUAUAAGGGGAAAAGAAAAGGUAACCAUGCGUUCAUAAAACAUUAUAAAGAAACAGAAAGCAUAAUAUCUCAAAAUCCCCCAGAUAAAUAAAUGUAUAAUCCUAUGAAGUUUUAAAAAAAAAAAAAAAGUAGCAUAGGUACACUAACCAAUACUUUUUCUUUUGUAUUUUCUAUCAGUUUAUUUGACUCUCUGACUACGUAUUUGGAGUCAGUGUGCUGUAUUAUACUCUAUACUUACUGGUCCUCAUUAUGUAAAAACCUGCUAAUGAUGCUGACCUUUAACCCUCAGGAAAACCUCAACUGUUGAAAUUCAAAGUAAAUAUCUGUAUCACCUGUGAGGAUGUUCAUAAAAGGCUCAGAGCAAGGCAAGUUUUUGUCACACACCUCCAACUUUUCUGCCUUGACUAAUAUAACAUAUUUGCAGAUAAACACAGUGAAUCUGUCUGAAUUCUUCUCCCGGCACCUCAGGAAGACACUCUCUCAGAGUUAAGAGCCUAUGGGACUCCAGAGUGCAUCAGUUGGAUGUUCUUCUUCUUCUUCUGCAAGUGAAAGUCCAACCUGAUAGAUCACUUACUGUUAUGAUACACAGGGAAAUGAUUCUGGCAAAAGAAAUCUAGUCACAGUUGAUACAAGAGCGAGAUAUGCGAUGGCUGGUUUGCAACAUCAGAAUGUCUGGUGACCUGUCCUUCACUCCAAAUAUUCUCACGACAGUGGUGGUGCAAGGUUUCUGUACUACUGUAGCUGUUUGAUGCCAGUAGAAAACAUUGUUCUUUAUUUAAUGAAAUCAGGGUGCGAAAUACCGGGGAGCCAGGGGGAGCUUGGUUCUUUUCAUUAAGUCACGAGUUCCCCUGAAAACAUGAUUUGUGAAAUUUGGGGGGUUUAUAAAAUAUUGACAAUAUGCUAAUUUUGCCAUGUAUUUCUAGUUUUUUGGCUCUUCAUCAUCGUGGUUCAUGCAUAACAUUAGGCUCCUAUUGAUGUAUGAUUCACACAUUGUUGCACUGCAUUGCUUUCUUAUUGCUUCACAAUCACUGUGAAAAUAAAAUAAAAAUGGUAGUGAAUAUGUUAGUUUUAAUGCUCGUCACUCCAGACAUUUAAUUGUUAAAGUCAAUGAAUGCAAAUAGAAAAUAGAAACUGCUUUCCAAGAGCUUCCAACAGACAUAAAAGGCAUUGUCUCUAAAAACGUGACUUGUAAAUGGAUUUAACAUAAUAACAUUACUGCACAUAACAUGAUCGUAAUGUAGAGGUCAUUGUACUGUAAGACGUCACAUGAUAGCCCUUACUUUCUACUGAGAAAAAGCCACAAGGUAAACCAAUAACAUAUUCUCUAACUUUCUGUCACACACGAGUGCAAUGAGGAAAUAUGUAAUGAAUUAUCAACUGCUAAUCUUGUCGAGUCCUCAUGACCUACAUGCACAUCUGAAUCUCUUGUGCAUCGUAUCUCAUCUUGUGGUGUACCACUGCUCUCUUCUAUAAUCUCAUUUCAAUAAAAACUUAACAGCACACGUCAGCCUGUAGAUAGGAUAUAGAGCAAUCACAUUGAUACAGGUGUAGAACAUCGUGUCCUUGUUUCGUUGCAGAUCUUGUGUUAACAUACUCUAUCACCACACAAUGUUCUUAGCUGUGGUGAAUAGCGCACUCCAUCCAUAAUGGCCUGUUUACUGCUGCUCUGGCUGCUACAGUAUAGAUGGGGGAGGAGGAAGUACAGCAGCAUUGGCCACACAAGUUGAGGAUAAUUGGUUGACCCCCUGUUUAGAAAGGCAUUAGACAGAGAAUCAUUUACCCAACAUCUGACCAAACUUGUUAGAAGCCACUGAAUCAGAACAAGGUUUUUCUUGGCCCCUAAUGACCAUGUUUUCACUCACUGUAUGUUGUAUACAACAUGCCUGCUGUAUGUUGCCUGCAAUUCAUCCUUAAAGAGCUAUAAUCAUCAUUACAGACACAACGGAUGAAUUUUAUUCAGCUAUAUAGGCAAAUUAUUCCAUACAACACAUACAUCUUAACAAGUGGUGCAGAAUAAAAAAAACCAACACUUUCUAUUGUUCAUUGGGAUGAUGUAACCUCCACUUCUAGUUUUCUAUUUCAAGCUUCCAAUUCAAAUGCUCCAAAGCCCCUGCUUUGUUAAUGUAUAAAUACCGUAUACAGUGUGUGCGAGAGAGCAAGAGCGUGUGUGUGUGUCUAUUUGACUAUUUGAAUUCUUCCAUUGGCCUCUCUAAUGUGACUCCUGUAUUUGGCUAGGUUUUACUUUAGUAGGAGUAGAAGAGGAUGCUACUUUUACUCACAAGUAGAGGUGGUGAAAUGAUGAAGGUGAUGCAGUAGGUAGUUCUUCAGUUUUUUCUCUGAUACUCAGAUGAAAUUGUUAUUCACAGACAGUCCUAUAGCAUUUUUCUCUUUGAUCUUCACUGGCAACAGUAGUAAAGCAUUCAUCACACAAUGUCUAUCAUCUUUUAAGGUCUGCUGUGUUAGUUAGUUGGUGAUAUUAUUAUUUUUUGAGUGGACUAUGUAUGCAUUUUUCCCCCAGUCACAUCAGCCUUGAGUCAAUAUUUGCAUUUGAGCUGAUACAGUAUACACCCAGUAUAUCAGUUUUGAUGGUGUAUUUUUCACAUCUUAAUUGGUUUUAUUUGUCAUGCUUAUUCACACAUGUAGCAUAAUUGUAACCAUGGGAAGCUUUACAAUUAUGUAAAAAAAAAAAAGAGAUGUAUUUUUAUAUAGUUGACACAUGAUUAAAUAAUUGCUUUCUUCUCACUAGUACCUUGCACUUACCACAUGUACUAAUAUUUACACAAGGAAGAAUAUGUCCAAAUACACAGUAUUUGUGAAAGUAAAAUAAUUACUUUUCUUGCAGGUUGUUGCUCCAUUUUGUACAAUAUACAUACGUAUAUGCUGUACAGUAAAGAAAUUUUAAAACUACAAAAACUCUUUUAGAUAUACAUUAUUUAUUUUUACCAUUUUGUAAUUUAGACACUAUACUGUAGCUUCAAUAUUGCCAGACUUACUGGAAGUGCCUAUAUUGGUAUUAUGUAUCAUACAGUGAAUAUAUUUGAAGAUCAUUAGAAGUUGUCACAAACUGAACCAUGUGGAUGUUGUAAUGUGAAUACAUUGAAUUACAAGACUAUAAUUUCUGUGGUA